UCAAGACCAAUUAGAAUAUUCUGGUCUAAGCUAUAUACUAACCUUAGAUUCGGCCACAACAUAAACCCUAAUCAAACAAAAACCCUAAUUUCAUCCCCAAUUUAACACCCUUCUUCAAUCUUCACUCUUCAAUGGAGGUUGUGCAAGAGAAUCUCCAAAUUCCCGAAAAAAUAGAAUACACCACCCUCACUCCCCUUCCUCUUCCUCUCACCGCCGAUGAUUCCCCAGAUUCCGAUAACCACGAACAAUACUCCGUUUUCCGCAACGAAAUCUCUCUCGACACCCCCCAAGUCAAUUCGGUUUCUUCUACUGCCAUAGAUUUCUUCUCCCUCGACGUCGCUGAUGAAAUUGAACCCGAAGACAACCUCCCGGAGCCUGUCACGCCUGUUGAGCCGAAGACACCGGCUAUCGAACACGAGGUGAAGCUAGAGAAUGGUUGGUUUCGUGGGGAUUGUAAAUUCAAAAGCCCUAUGCUUCAGCUUCAUAAAGAGAUAGUGGAUUUUUGUGAGUUUUUGUCACCUACUCCAGAAGAGAAAGCUAAACGUGAUGCGGCAAUUGAAUCUGUUUUUGAAGUUAUUAAACAUAUUUGGCCUCAUUGUCAGGUUGAAGUUUUUGGGUCUUUCAGGACAGGGUUGUAUCUUCCAACUAGUGAUAUUGAUGUUGUGAUUUUGAAAUCAGGCUUACCAAAACCACAGAUUGGUUUGAAUGCAAUUUCUAGAUCAUUGUCACAAAGGAGCAUGGCUAAAAAGAUACAGGUCAUUGGAAAGGCUCGCGUGCCAAUUAUUAAAUUUGUUGAAAGGAAGAGUUGUCUUUCCUUUGAUAUAAGUUUUGACUUAGAGAACGGACCGAAGGCUGCCGAGUAUAUUCAGGAUGCAGUGGCUAAGUGGCCACCAUUACGGCCAUUGUGUUUGAUUUUAAAAGUAUUUUUACAACAAAGAGAACUUAAUGAGGUAUAUUCUGGUGGGAUUGGUUCUUAUGCUCUCCUGACCAUGCUGAUGGCAAUGUUGCGGAAUGUCCGACAGAGCCAAGCUUCUGCAGAGCACAACUUAGGGCUCCUUUUGGUACAUUUUUUCGAUAUUUAUGGACGUAAAUUGAAUACCUCAGAUGUUGGUGUAGAUUGUAAUGGAGAAGGCACCUUUUUCCAAAAGAGUAGUCGAGGGUUUUACAACAAAGCACGGCCAUUGCUUCUCGGAAUUCAGGAUCCACAGACUCCAGACAAUGACAUUGGGAAGAAUUCCUUCAAUUACUUCCAGGUCAGGUCAGCGUUUUUAAUGGCUUACUCAACUUUAACAAAUCCCAAGGUCAUCCUGAGCUUAGGACCUAAUAGGAGCAUCCUUGGCACUAUAAUUAGACCAGACCCCGUCUUGAUGGAGCGCAAAGGGGGGUCAAACGGAGAAAUGACUUUUAAUAGUUUACUCCCCGGUGCUGGUGAGCCAAUACGACAGCAGUACGGAGAGCAUGAUAUGUUAUGCAAUUGGCAGUUAGAUUUUGAAGAAGAACCACUACCUCGUGGAGACGGAGAUAACACCCCUGCGGAGCCCAGCACACGCUCUUCCAGGAAAAAGAGAAAAUCUGCAUCUAAGGAGAAUAAGGAAAAUGGAUCUGUGACAGAAAACGGUGUACAUAAGAAACAUAAGAAAAAACGGGUUAAACAGAGGUUAGAGGCCAGUUGCUGAGGUAUUGUAAUAUGAUCAGUGGUUUAUAGAAGUGCAGGAACAAGGCAACACAAUCACAGACAAAUUUGAGGCCAAAAUGACCCUACAAUGUGAGCUCUAUUUAUGCCUGGGUGGGUACCCACAGAGAAGUGCCUUCACUGUGUAACAUAUCAAGGAUACGGAAUCAUUUCCAUGAUUUAUUAAAAUUUCUUUAUACAGAAAUCAAUUUUGCUAGUAUCAUAUACCACAAGUUGAAUGGGAAUGCCCUCAAAUUGUAAUGUAAGUCAAUUCAAAAGUUUGCUAAGCAUGUAUUCUUUCAUUUGCUGCUGAACAAUAUUGACUAUGUUAACUUAAAACAUUUUUCUUCUCAA